UAUGCUGGCUUUCUGGACAAAAGGUUUUUAAAGGAAAUCUUCUAUAAGUCCCAACAUGUCAGCACUGAGCCAUCUCACAGGAAGUGCUGAACUUAGCUCAGCCCAGGUGUGGACUCGCUGAGCUCUUUGAUCUGCAUCUGUACUUGGUUCUGGACUCAUGUAAGACUGAGCAGAAGCAGAACCAUGUCAGAGACCCUCCAGCUGCCCGCGCUGCAGAUCCAGGGCCCGGUAGACGGGGAGUGCAAUGGAUGCGAUGUGGAUCCGGCCCUGUCCAGCUCGUCCAGCCCGUCUCUGCGGCGCAAGCGCUUUAAAAUGCACCGUAUGAAGAACGUCAUGAGCGAGAAGGAGCAACUGGAGAAGGAACAACUUCAGCGUUCUGGGAGUAAGGAGUACCUGCAGCUUCCAUCCAUUGAGAUCACGCCGUCCAGCGACGAGGAUGCAGCGUGGUCGAGUUGUUCCACCCCCAGCGCCUCGCCCCAACGCAGACGCUUCCUCCUGCGCAAGUGGCUGAGAGGAGGCGAGAAAAAAGAGCACGGCAGUGAGAGCAGCAGUCAGCAGAGCAGCCUGCAGAGCAGCCAUGAGGAAGAGUCCACUCGCUACCUGAGCCCCAACACCCGCGACGACAGCACUGCCAGUAACUCGAACCGCAGCUCGCCGGCCUGCUCACCCGUCCUGCGUAAACGCUCGCGCUCCCCAACACCCCAGAAUCCAGAGGGAGAGAACAUGGUGGAAAAGAGCUCCGAUCAUUCCUCCGAUAAAUCCCCCUCCACCCCAGAACAAGCCGUCCAGCGCACCUACAGCCAGUCGCUUCACACCACCCGCCCCGGAGGGAAAAACUCCAAGUCACACAAGAGACUGUCUAAAAAGAGUCAAAGCUGGUAUAACACAGCCACAAGCUGUAAGAUGUCAGCUGUAAACACUCUUCAGAUGUCCAUUCCAGUAGGGCAUAUCUUCAUUUCUCCUCCACUAUCCAUCAGUCCAUCCCAUUGGUCUAUUCUGCUGCCCGAGCUGGUAAUCUUGACCUGCAGCUGUUGCCCCUCUCCCUGGUGCAGGUACUGUGAGGAGAUUCCCGCUGAAGACAACGAGGCCAAUGACAACUGCCCUAAAACCCCAGACGCUAAAAUGGACAUCAGCCCCCAGCUCCACAGGAAGGUUUUCCCCAACAGCAGUCUGAACUCCAUGGACAGCACAGACGCUCCGGUCAACUUUAACGUGCCCCCAGUGGAGGACUUCAGUGGCUGCGUCCCAGAAGACCUCGUACCCCUGCCAUUACCUGACAACAAGCUGUCAGAGACCAGUGGCUCCGCACAUGCCCCCGUCCCCGUCCCCUCACCUUCCCUUGACUUCAGUGACAAUGAGGACCUCCCCACUGAACUCAGCGACUCCUCAGAAACACACGAUGAGGGGGAAGUGCAAGCCUUCCAGGAAGAUCUGAAUGGGAAACUGUACAUUAAUGAAGUAUAUAAGUUCAGUGUGGAUAAACUGUAUGACAUCCUCUUCACUGAAUCCCAGUUCAUGAGAGAGUUUCUGGAGCAGAGACGCUUCUCAGAUGUGGUCUAUAACCCAUGGAGGAAAGAAGACACUGGUAAUCAGAGCAGAGAGAUCAUGUACACCAUCUCCCUCUCCAACCCACUGGCCCCAAAGACAGCCACAGUUACAGAGACGCAGACUCUGCACAAGGCCAGUCAAGUGAGCGAGUGCUACAUCAUCGACGCUGAGGUGAUUGCUCACGAUGUCCCGUAUCACGAUUACUUUUACACGCUCAACCGCUAUAUGUUCACUAGAGUCGCCAAGAACAAGUGCCGCCUGAGGGUGUCAGCUGAACUACGCUACAGGAAGCAGCCAUGGGGAUUGGUCAAGGGCUUCAUUGAGCGAAACUUCUGGAGUGGCUUGGAUGAAUAUUUUAGAUAUUUAGAGCUGGAGUUGAGUAAGGCACAGCUGGUGCUAUCUGAACCUCACAAACAGUCUCCCAAGUCCAAAGCCCUAUGCACAGCUACAGUGAGACGGAGGAAACGGCCGCUGACGCACAUGAGGCAGCAGCACCUGGACGAGGCGCUCAGUCCCGUCACCACACCUGAGGAUGAGAAGAGUGUCAUCCAUCGCAUCAAACACGUGGCAGGAUCCACACAGACCAGACACAUCCCGGACCACGGAUCUGAAGGCCUGGCUCUCUACAGCGUUUCCAAACUUCUGCUUAUAAUCAGCUCUGUGAUUUGUGUAAGUCUGGUGCUACUGGUAUUUUUGAACAUGAUGCUGUUUUAUAAGCUAUGGAUGCUGGAAUACACGGCUCAGAGUCUGACCGGCUGGCAGGGUCUCAGGUCUCUUGAAAGUAAACUUCCACAGACACAGAUUGAAUGGGCUCAACUUUUGGAAUCUCAGCAGCGUUACCAUGAAAACGAGCUGGAAAAAUGGAGGGAAAUAAUAAAGUCAUCUGUACUGUUAUUAGAUGAGAUGAGAGAGUCUCUAAUGAAGCUACAGAAAGGUAUGGGGUUGAGAGACUACGAUUCAGACAGUGAAGAAAGGCGAAGUCGCUAUCACUGAGUCCCGGCUCAGCCAAUGUAAUGAACAUCUCCACAUGUAAGCGACCCGAUGAGCUGGGCCGGGGCACUGACUGAACGGCUCUCACGAUCCGGCUGCAUCGCUGUGAGGCCUUUCUGACAACAGACACUGAUGGAAACCCAGUACUGCAAUUUCUCUGUCUUCUCUGCGAUGAAAGAGCUGAAAAAAAUGAAGGAAUGCAGUCCUGUGAUCGUGGAAUCGGUCUGUUCACCCAGGGCUAAAACAAACGCACCAAAACAAUUCAACUGUCACUUCAGAACAGACACAGACUCUGGUUAAACACUUGAGCGGAUGUUGGAACUCGGCAGCAUCACUUUUUUAAACCUUUUGGAGUCUGGGACCAGAUAAAGAAAAUAUGGAGUUACUAUCAGCAAAUGUUGCGUGGACAUGUACACAUUUAUUUAUAAAAACAAAAUAUGGAAUUGAAUGAUAUUAUGAUACACAUGAAAAUAUAUAAUUUCUAUGUAGAGCUAUAUUUGUUGCCAGAGUUCAUUUGUAACAGGCUUCCAUGGAGAAUCAAGGCUGGUUCCUUGAUAGCUUGCGCCAUGGUGCAUCAACUAUAUGCAACUGGUAUAUCCUCCCCUGUUUGGAGGACUGACUUCCUCCGAUUGGUUGAUUUGCAAUGGCAAAAGAGCCAUGGUCUCUAACAUUCCAUCUACUAAGCGUCAUCGGCUGCAUUCCAGUUUCCAUGCUACUGCACAAUAAAAGUACAUACUUGGAAAAAGUACAUACUUUUAGGCAUAUAGUUAGAACACGGUUAAGCCACAAGUAUACUUUUUCCAUGUUCCGAUCCAUCUUGCCUUUCAAAGUAUACUUCAGUUUUCAUGAAUGGCCAAAUCACUUGCACAUUCACUGACAGCUGAUUUUUCAGUCUUCGCCAGUUUAAUGUGCAGAGUAAACUAUAGGAAAAUACUGUGCACAUUUAACAUCAAACCGAACAGGAAAACUCAAUUUUUAAAAAAAGAAAGAGUUGAACCAGAGUUGACUAUAGGGCCUUUCGC